AGAUUGAGGGAAACGUCCAUCGGUUGCCGCAUUAAUAAACGAAAAGAAGGGAAAAACCUAAUCAGCUCGCACGAGUGAGAAUCAUAUAAUCCAGAAGGAUUAAGAGAAACGAGAAGCGGUGAAAAUCGUGGAGUUUUAGACCGAUCGACACCGAGCUACACCUGACUUUUGUCGUCUAAGCUGUCAUAGAAAUUGUGGUGUUUUUAUUGUGCAGAAAAAUUCCCCCUGUUCGACUAGUAUUCUAGCAAAAUGCCUAAAGGAGGGAAAGGAGGGAAAGGAGGGAGAGGAGGAUUUGCGUUUGGGAAGCGUCCAGUGUCAGAACAAAAUCGCAUUAGUAUUGAUGAACGUCUCGAACAGUUUCGCGCAGGACCUGACCGAGUGCUUACAUUUGAAAACAAUUUGAGCAAUCAUGACAGGGCUGUGGUGCAUCAAGUGAGCCAAAAAAUGGGUUUCAAAUCCAAAAGUUCUGGAAAAGGAAGUAACCGACGUGUCUCCGUUUAUAAAACUGGUCCGUCACAGAAGGGCCAAUCUCAUGCAACACCUUUAUCUUUUUCUGUUGAGACACAAGGUGUCCUCCGUGAACUUUUUUCGCGAUAUCCUCCAAGAGAGGAAGAGUUUACUGGAAAAACAAAGGAAUCUACUGCAGCAUUGAAGAGACCUACUAAGCUAGACAGAACACCAGAACUAAGUUUUUGCAAGCCUUCAAUGACUCAAUCCGAAAUUGCCACCCAAGUGAAUAUGCUUGUUUCUAGACUUCAAAAAUCCCCAGCUUUGCAACAGAUAGCAAAUGAAAGAUUGAAGUUACCAAUUUCAUCUUUCAAGGAUACAAUUACUUCAGCAGUGGACUCUAACCAGGUCGUGCUUAUAGCAGGUGAAACUGGCUGUGGUAAAACAACCCAGGUCCCACAAUUCAUUUUAGAUUAUAUGUGGAGCCAAGGCAAAGCUUGUAAAUUACUGUGUACACAGCCUCGACGAAUAUCAGCAACUUCAGUUGCUGAGAGAAUUGCUUCCGAAAGAGGAGAGAAAAUUGGAAGCACUGUUGGGUAUCAGAUAAGACUGGAAUCGAAGGGAGGAAAGCACUCGUCUCUAAUGUUUUGUACAAAUGGAGUCCUGCUACGGAGAUUGAUUGAAUCAGGAAGUCAACUUUCUGAAGCAGAGGCAGAAGGCCAAAGCCAGAAGCUGCGAAACUUGUGUUCUUUGGAUGCAACUCAUAUCAUUGUGGAUGAAAUCCAUGAGCGGGAUCGUUUUUGUGAUUUUAUGCUAGUUAUACUGAGAGAUUUACUACAUUCUCAGCCAGAUUUACGCUUGAUAUUAAUGAGUGCCACUCUUGAUGCGGAAAAGUUUUCAAAGUAUUUUAACAACUGUCCAAUCAUUCGCAUUCCUGGAUUCACUUACCCGGUCCAUACAUAUUAUUUGGAGGAUGUACUCACUCUUGUAGGAUUCAGUAAGGAUGGAAAAUCUGUAAAUAAUGAUAAUAAUAAGAAUUUUUUAAGUGAGAACAGUUCAUCGCUGACUGAAGAAGACAGAAUUGCAAUGGAUGAGGCCAUCGGUUUAGCCUGGUUAGAGGAUGAUUUUAAUUUGCUAAUGGAUAUAAUAUCAGGAAGUCCAGUUCCUGAACUUUGUAAUUAUCAACAUUCCUUAACUCAAGCUACAGCACUAAUGGUCACUGCUGGCAAAGGUAGAGUGGAUGAUGUUUCUCUGCUUCUCUCCUUUGGUGCUGACUGUUUUCUAAAGGCACAAGAUGGAAGUACGGCUUUAGAAUGGGCUCAGAGGCACCAUCAAGAUGAAGCUGCAGAGCUCAUCUUGAAACACAUAGAGGAGAAAUCUCAUUUACAAUCAGCCACUGAGGAAGCAGAGCUGCUAAAAGCAUAUAUGACCAGUGUUAAUGUGGAUGAGGUGGAUGUUCAACUUAUCGAGAAGUUGUUGAUAAAGAUAUGUGAAUAUCCUACUGUGACCAAUUCUGUGUCAGAACCAGGAGCUAUACUGAUAUUCUUAUCUGGAUGGGAGGAAAUAUCUCGUUGCAGAGAGCGCUUCCAAGCAUCUCCCAUCUUCAGCAACAGCACAAAGUACCUAAUUCUGCCACUGCACUCUAUGGUUCCCUCGGCGGAGCAGAAAAAAGUGUUCAAACGCCCACCUAGUGGUGUUCGAAAGAUUGUUCUCUCCACAAACAUUGCUGAAACUGCAAUAACUAUUGAUGAUAUUGUCUAUGUAAUUGACAGUGGUCGAAUGAAAGAGAAAAGCUAUGAUCCUUAUGGUAAUGUAUCUACUCUUCAAACAGCAUGGGUAUCCAAGGCAAGUGCAAGACAACGAGAAGGACGAGCUGGGCGAUGCCAAACAGGCACUUGUUAUCAUCUCUUCUCUAAAUUCCGUUUUGCAGCGUUGCCUGACUAUCAGGUACCCGAGAUUAAGAGGACUCCUCUUGAGGAGCUGUGUUUGCAGGUGAAGCUACAAAAUCCAUAUUGUAACAUAAGUGAAUUUAUAAGUAAGGCUAUUGAUCCACCAGUUGAUCUUGCUGUUCGUAAUGCUAUCACAGUGCUACAAGAUAUUGGGGCUUUAACACAUGAUGAGAAACUUACAGAACUAGGAAAGCAGCUGGGUUCUUUGCCAGUUCAUCCAUCAACAAGCAAAAUGCUUUUAUUUGCAAUAUUGAUGAACUGCCUUGAUCCUGCUUUGACAUUAGCCAGUGUAGCAGGCUACAGGGAGCCUUUUGUUUUACCUAUGGGACCAAAUGAGAAAAAACGAGCUUAUGCAGCAAAGAUGGACCUAAUAGCAAUGUAUGGGGGUUAUAGUGACCAUUUGGCAGCAAUUGCAGCAUUUGAUCGCUGGAAACAAGCAAAGAAUAGGGAACAACAAGCUGAGUUUUGUAAAAAAUAUUAUGUUUCUCAUUCGUUAAUGUCUAUGUUAGAUGGUAUGCGUAAGCAGUUGCGGAGAGAGCUUGCUCAAAAGGGAUUUAUCCCCUGGGAUGCAGAUUCCUGCAGCUUGAAUGCUCAACAUACUGGUAUUGUACGUGCAGUUAUAGUGUCUGGCUUGUAUCCAAUGGUUGGAACAUUGUUACCACCACUUCCAACAGGUCAGAAAGCUGUAGUGCAGACUGCCAGAGGUGAAAAGGUCCGGAUUCAUCCACACUCAUCAAAUUUCAGAUUGGUGCAUUAUAAUAAACAAUCAAAUGGUUCAUUGAAAAGUCCACUGCUGGUAUUUGAUGAGGUAACGCGUGGGGAGUCACAGGUGUUUAUCAAAAAUUGUACUCUUUUUAAACCCUAUCCAUUACUCCUCCUUGCUACAGAAAUGGUGGUUGCACCUCUUGAUCCUGAUGAUGAAAUGGAUGAUGAUGAAGAAGAUGAUGAAGUAAGCGACAGCGAGGAGGAAGAUGAGAGUCUUAAAACACUUCCUGCUGAAAAGCAACACCACAAGAUCAUGUCUUCACCAGAUAAGGAAGUUAUGGUGGUUAUAGAUCGUUGGUUUAGAUUUGAAGCAACAUCACUGGAUGCAGCUCAACUUUAUUGCUUAAGAGAGAGGCUUUCAGCUGCAGUAUUAUACAAAAUCAAGCAUCCCCGUAAUAAUUUGCCUCCUAUUCUUGGAGAAUCAGUUUUUGCUGCUGCGUGUAUGCUAUCCUAUGACGGAGGACUAGAUGUGGAGACUCCUACGAAAAGAGAACAUCAGGACUUUCAUUCACGGAUGAUGACUGUUUCGGACAUUCGUGGAGGUUCUUCACCCAUAAUGAACAGGAUAUCGAGACAAAAUGGUCAACGGGGAGGCUCGUCAGGCACAAGGACAUCGAUAGGGACAGAUGCAGAUAUAUACGAUGAUAAAGGAAAUACUUAUCAAACAAAAUCAAGCCCUGGUGUCAGUCCAGGAAACAGGAACCCCCGAGGAUCAGAGAAUGGCCUACUUCAAAAUGGUUUCUCACGUAAUGUGAGGCAACUCUAUGUACCAGUUCGUGAUGGGAGAGUGGCAUAUGGGAAUAAUAGAGUAGAACAUUCACAGGAGAUACCAGUGCUGUGCAAUGACACAACAUCUAAAAGGCCCCGAGGCAGUAGAUAAGGCCAAAUUGGGAUAGACCAUGAGCAUGUUUGGUUUAUGUCCUUGCAUGAAAGAGAGAACAUGUGGUGGACGGCAAGCAGUGGCUGCAAUCUAAUUUGAAAACCACUGUUAUUGGACUGUAGAAUUCUUAACUCAAGGGUAGACCUGGAAAUCAGAACAUCUGUUGGAAUAUGAAUUGCCUUGUGAAUGAUCUAUCAAAGGUCCAUGCCUUACGUCAAACAUUGAGACCCAAGCAAUUGGAGAUCUAUUAGGAGGUUAUAAAUGGGAUCAGUAAAAAAACUUUAAAAAAUACUUGCAGUCUACCAUUUAAAGUGCAACAAAGAUUGAUGUUAGUUCGUAGUGGCACAUGGACCAGGGGAGCUGUAUUUUUGUAUUGUAUACAUCAGUUUGCUGAAUUACUUGCUCCCGAUCAGGAAUGUUCUGUUAUCAAUUUGAAACAGCCCCCUAAAUUUUCUUUGCAGCAUAGAUAUAUGCUCUCUUUAUCUUCCAUGUUGAACGCUUUGAAUGCCACUUUUGUGGCACCAGUAUACACAAUUAAUGAUACAUACUAAUGCAUAUCUUGUUUGAA